AGUGCCCCGCGCGGCGCCAUUUUGUGGCGGGCGCGGCGGUUUCAAACGCGGGGCGCGCACCUCCCUCCCUUUACUACCAGGACCUACUCGUGUUGUAUCUCCACAACCUCCUCCAAGGUUCCUCCAAGGUUCCUCCAAGGUGACCAGGACCACUUGGAGCCACCCCGCGCUUCCUACUCCCUGUUGGAUGGAGCUGAGUAACUUACACCUCAGUGUAGCUUAGCCAAGCGCUUUACUACGUGUCCCCGUUGCGGUUGUAGCUAAAGAGCCGUGGAGAGAAUGGUUUCCUAUUGGUUUACACCGAGUUGUUGGGGGGUUUGUGCUGCUUCCUCUGAAGCCACGACCCCAACUCUUAUAGUAACACUACUUCUAUGUGUAUUUAAGUUGUAUAUUUGGGGCCAAAGAGGAGCAAUACUCACUGGUGGGCAUCACACCAACGGUCCUGAGUGUCUUUUACAACUGGCUUUCCUUACUCUUUGUGUAGCUUCCCUCUCCUAAAGGUUUACUACACCACAUUCCCCUUCUUUCCCCCCUCGGAGCCUUGAUUUCCUGCCUUUGGCCCAAGCUUCCCCCCUAAACAAGGAGGUUUUAAGCUCCACCGUUACUCCUAGGAGUAAAAUAGGAGUUAGAGAUGAAAAGCCAGCCCAUCUUACAGCUGGUGUAACCUGUGAGUAGCUACCAAUGCUUGUUACCCUUUAUCCUUUGCUUCCUUUGAGCAGGAGGAGGAAGCUUCCAGCAACAACCGUGCCCAUGGAGGAACGGAGUAACUACUCCUCUGCUUCCUCAGUGUCUUCCCUACUUACAAGCUGUAGUAGCAGCACCAAGGCCUACUCCGAGGGCUUCAUUCACUACAAGGGCAAGCUCUACAGCUCCGCCUCGGAGGCCUUGGAAGCUUACAUGGAGGACUUUGAGGCCGGGCACACGGCUCCAUAUGGAAGCACAGGGAAGAUCCGCCUCCAGCCGGGCAUUCCCAAGGGGUGUGCCAAGGAAAACCAAGAGCUGGAUGACUUCCAUCACUACUUCAAGUUGGAUUCUCCUCCUCCACCCUCUAGAAGCUCCGAUGAGUAUGUCCCCGACUGCACCAGCUUUACAACAGAGGAGCUUUUAGCAUUCCCAGCGGAUGGAUCCCAACCUUUUCCCCACCUUCUUCCAUGGAAAUCCAGGAAAACAAGCCCAGAAUCCCUUAAAACCUCUCCCUGCCCUUCCCAACGCUGGGAUUUGGGGAGAGGAUUCCAUCCCCACAACUACGUGAGUAGUAAGAAACUCAAAGGAAGCGCCGAGCCUUUGGUAGAGGAUUCCCAGAGUUUUCCAGGUGGGAAUUAUCCCACGUGGCUCAGUAGCCAAAAACCUGAUUUAAGCGUAUCCGGGAUAAGCAGCAUUCCCACUUUUCCCUAUCCCAGCUGGUUGAAGACUUACAACCUCCUUUGCGAUGCUGCUCCAAGCCUUGCUCCAGGUAGUAGCGGGCAAAGCCAAGCUUCCUCUUCCCUUAUCCCAAAAAAAGGACUUUCCAAUGGAGACAAUUCCCACUUUUCCAAGCCAAGCAAUUCCCAGCAUUCCAGAGGUGAUCCAAGGGGAGAAAGGUGCAACUACGACUUUACUCAUGGGUGCUACUCGCCGGAUAACUCAUCUUUGAGCCGCACUAAGAAGCUCUUAAGAGAGCCCCACCUCCCCUCCCACUUUACUCCAGGGAGUACUUCAACUAAGCCUGAAGCCAGCAUGGAAAAGGAGGGGAGUCCUUCUACAACAGAGAUACUCCGAGGUGCAAGCCCACGGGUAGAAGCUCCGGCUGCUUUCUUCUCAACCUCUUCUACUCCUCCGUUCCUUACUCAACGUCCCUUUAGUAAGGCCUCAAGGUGCUCCAGGAUCAUGGAGGAUCCUCCAGCAUUCCCAAAAGGAGCCAUGAUGAAGGAAUUCCUGGAAUCCUGCUGGAAUGAGAAGCAGAAGGAAGAAGCUGCUGUUGGAGGUCACCAAACCAGGCCCCUCGAAGCUCUGAAGCUCCUGUUGUUCCAACUCCAAGCGAUGGAGGCGAGGUGGAAGCAGAGGACAACCACUGAGGAAGAGCUUGGAGUACUUCGAGGAGGAGAAGAGCCUGGAUCCCACGUGUGCACCAUGGAGAGAGCUCUACUCGCUCGCUCCGUCCAGGAGGCUUUAGAGCGUUGUCUUCAAAGCCUCGGAGCUGAAGGUGACCACCAAGAGGCCUUCUCCUCCUCCAGAAGAUAAAGGACUCAGCUAUGGGGCUCAGCCCUAGACGCUACAACAUGGAGUAACUCACUUAUGGGUCUCUAUGGGUCGAAGCUGCUCUUUAAAGUGGUGUCUUGAGUC